GCUGAGUGACCCAAGCGUAGCUCUCACCUGGGGGAGGACCAGCACUCCCUCAUUCCCAUCAUCCCUUGAGCCCCCACUCUGAAGCAGCCAUGACGCCACGGAAACGCGGGGGCGGAGGGCACGGCGUGUCCUUCUUCUUCUGCUGCUUCCAGAGCAGUGACCACCCAGAGAUCACCUACCGUCUGCGGGAGGACUUCGCCCUGCAGGCCAUGGAGCCGGCGCUGCCCAUCCCCAGCUAUGACGAGCUGGAUGCCAUGUUCUCAGAGCUGGUGGAUGAGCUGGACCUCACAGAGAAGCACAGAGAGGCCAUGUUUGCCUUACCAGCAGAAAAGAAAUGGCAGAUAUACUGCAGCAAGAAGAAGGAGCAAGAGGAGAAUAAAGGUGCUACUAGCUGGCCAGAGUACUACAUUGACCAGCUCAAUUCAAUGGCAGCUAGGAAAACUCUGUUGGCCUUGGAGAAGGAAGAAGAGGAGGAACGCAACAAGACUAUUGAAAGCCUGAAAACGGCACUGCGGACACAACCAAUGAGGUUUGUAACACGGUUCAUCGAUAUGGAUGGCCUGACAUGCAUCCUGAACUUCCUGAAGAGCAUGGAUUAUGAGACCACUGAGUCUCAGAUCCACACUUCCCUCAUCGGCUGCAUCAAAGCCCUGAUGAACAACUCCCAGGGUCGUGCUCACGUGCUCUCUCACUCCGAGAGCAUCAACAUCAUCGCUCAGAGUCUGGCCACCGAGAACAUCAAGACUAAAGUGGCAGUGCUGGAGAUCAUGGGUGCUGUGUGUUUAGUGCCGGGAGGCCACAAGAAGAUUUUGGAGGCCAUGUUGCACUAUCAAAAGUUCUCUUGUGAGCGCACACGAUUUCAGACAUUGCUGAAUGAUCUGGACAAAAGCAUAGGACGGUACAGAGACGAGGUCAGCCUGAAAACGGCGAUUAUGUCCUUCAUUAAUGCUGUUUUAAGCCAAGGAGCUGGUGAAGCCAGCCUUGAGUUCCGGGUUCAUUUGCGAUAUGAGUUCCUCAUGUUGGGGAUUCAGCCCAUCAUCGACAAACUCAGGUCACAUGAAAACUCUACUUUAGACAGGCAUUUGGAUUACUUUGAGAUGCUGAGAAAUGAUGAUGAGCUCACAUUAUCCAGGCGGUUUGAGGCUAUGCAUAUAGACACGAAGAGUGCGACACAAGUUUUUGAGCUUGUACGGAAGAAGCUGGCCCACACAGAUGCAUAUCCGCACUUUAUGUCUAUUCUUCACCAUUGCCUGCUUAUGCCUCAUAAGAGAAGUGGGAACACAGUGCAGUACUGGCUGCUCCUGGACCGCAUUGUUCAACAGAUGGUCCUGCAGAAUGACAAAGGUCACGACCCUGACGUCACACCAUUAGAAAACUUCAAUGUAAAGAAUGUGGUUCGAAUAACGCUGGGAAUUGGAAGGGCUGCUUGGCACAAACACCUCAACUUGAACAUGGAAAGAGCUCUGGCCGUGUUUCACGUCACUGCUGUGGUUUGCAGUCUCUCUGGAUCCUGGCUGGGGAACGAAGGCUGCUCUCCAGCGCUGAUCUCAGACCCGUCAAACACCUGUUCUUCUUGGCCUAAUGUCCGCACACAGAUAUCUCUGGAUCAGAUGCGUCUCUGUAUCAUUAAUAUGCAAUCUUGGAGGGUGGGCUGCACUGAUGGAUUCUACUCUGGUUCACUGAGUUUUCUGCUGAUGUGGAUCUAUCACUCGGCUUUCAUUUGUGAAUUCAUUUCAAAUGACUUUAUUUGUCCCAGUCUGCUUGAUCUGUAUAUCCUGUGCUUGUGUUUCAGAUUGAAAGUUUCCAAUGAGGAAAUAAAGAGGGCUAUUCUGACUAUGGACGAACAGGAAGAUCUGCCCAAGGACAUGCUGGAGCAGAUGCUCAAGUUUGUCCCAGAGAAGUGUGAUGUGGACCUACUAGAGGAGCACAAACAUGAGUUGGACCGCAUGGCAAAGGCAGACCGUUUCCUCUAUGAAAUGAGCAGAAUAAACCAUUACCAGCAGAGGUUACAGUCUUUGUACUUCAAAAAGAAGUUUGCAGAGAGGAUUGCAGAAAUUAAACCUAAAGUUGAAGCACUGUCCAAGGCCUCAAAAGAGGUGCUGCACAGUAGAAAUCUCAAGCAGUUGCUGGAGGUGGUGCUGGCGUUCGGCAACUACAUGAACAAAGGACAGAGAGGCAACGCUUACGGCUUCAAAAUCUCCUCACUCAACAAGAUUGCAGACACCAAGUCCAGCAUCGACAAGAAUAUCACUCUCCUACACUACCUGAUCACCAUUCUGGAGAAGAAGUACUCCAAAGUCGUGAUCUUCUCAGAGGAGCUGCCGAACGUGCCGGAAGCUGCAAAAGUAAACAUGACUGAACUGGAGAAGGAGAUCAAUAAUCUUCGCAGUGGCUUGAAGAGCGUAGAGAGCGAGCUCGAAUUCCAGAAGAAGCGUCCUCAGGAGUAUGGGGAUAAGUUUGUGUCAGUAGUCAGCCAGUUCAUCACAGUGGCCAGUUUCAGCUUCUCUGAUGUCGAGGACUCCCUCAGCGAGGCCAAAGUACUGUUCUUAAAGGCGGUCAAGCACUUUGGUGAAGAUGCUGAUAAGAUGCAGCCCGAUGAGUUCUUUGGGAUAUUCGACCAGUUCUUGCAGUCCUUUGGAGAGGCCCGUCAAGAGAACGAGAACAUGCGCCGACGCAAAGAAGAGGAGGAGCGCAGGGCACGAAUGGAGGCUCAGCUCAAGGAGCAGAGGGAGAGAGAGAAGAAGGCUCGAAAAGCCAAAGAGAACGGAGAGGACGAUGGUGGCGAGUUUGAUGACCUGGUGUCGGCUUUGCGUUCUGGAGAGGUUUUCGAUAAAGAUCUGUCGAAGAUGAAGCGCAAUCGCAAACGCAUCAACAGCCAGACGUCAGACACCGGCAGGGAGCGUCCAAUUACCAAGCUUAACUUCUGAACGGCGGACAAGCAGACCAACCACUGAGACACAUUUCAUUACAACCAAACAACCUCCCUGUGGUGGUGAAUGUCUGGAGGACACCCAUUAGCUCCUCUCCUCAGAUUAAACUCGAUCCCGGGUAGCAGAGGAAAGCAUGUUUACCCAAAGACGGUCAGCUUAUCAUGUGUCAUGUGACUGUAAUUGGAAACCUGUCUAAAUGCAGAGAGAAAAGACUCUCAGAAAUUAGGAAUACGGCUGCCAAAUGAACCUAAUUUAAUGAUUUAUUUCGUCAAGAGUGCUGGAGCACCAGGAUAUUAUCAGAGAUUGAGAUAACUGUGGGUUUACUGAUUGGAUAUGAAUCAGAAACUCGGGCUCAUUUGACCAUAGAAACGGCAAAUCUUGUCAACCCCAAUUUUUCUUACUGUAACCAAACAAAUCGCCAAAAGUGACACUGAGUCUUGGCAUGCUAAAGCGUCACUCAUCUUGCUUUUCUGACUGAUUCAAAGUGGGAAUGGAUGUUAUUUAAAGAUUCCAAUGACAAGUGUCUGUACAUAGGUCACUGAAAAGCUGUAAAGUGACUGUACACCUUUAAGAAAAGGAUUUUGCCCUUUUGAGAAAAGGUGUUUUUUUUUUUUUUUUAAAUACAUAGUGUUUUAAAGGAAUAUUACUGACAUUAAUAACCAGGGUUGUGGGUUGCUUUUUCAGAAAGAAGACUGCAUUGUGAUAUCCGAUACAGGCUGACUGGGUAUGAUUUUUUAAAGGUGUGUUUUUAGGGGCCUCUGGAGCCCAUGUUGUCUUAAACUCUGUGGACGGUCAUUGUACAGACACUAUGCAGUUUCUGUUGUCAAGUGUUGGUCUCUCUGUUUGAGGAGGUUUCAUGUGAAAUGUAGUCAUAUUUAAAAUGAUCUGUAACUGGAUCAAGGCAAUACUCUUCUUCCCUUACGUUCUUCCUUCCUGUCUGGAGUCUCUCCUGUUUUUUUUUUUUAUCAGCAGCCUAGUUGUAUGGUGUAACAAAGUUUCCUUUUUCAGUGUAAGAUACCUCCAUUGGAAUUUUAUAAUUUAAGGAAAACACAACCUUCCAUUGUAAGAUGAAUCAUAAGAGAAUAAAUGGAAGAAUCUGAGUAGUAUUUUCUAUUAUGUUGUCAAUUUAAGUCUCCUCUGAUUGUUAGUGAAUGGUAAUGCAAAAAAAAAAAAAAAAGAA